AGGAGAGCGCAGGUUGAAGAGUCCACACACAAACACCUGAACGGAGCCCCCAGCAGUGGGUUUCCCCCUCUAGGGAGUCCAGGCAGAGGAGUAGGAGCCUGUCACCGGGCCUUUGACUCACCCCUGAUCCAACGGGAAGGCCACAGUGGGAACGCUCCAAGAUGUUUUUCCGAAUCCCGAGACUGACCCCGAGCUACAUCAGGCUUCUGCAGACCCAGGCCUUUCAUAAUGCGGCCGUAGUGCCCCCGGCUGAGAGGACCAUGCCCAGUUUGGCCGUGCUGCUGGGGGCGGUGGGGAUCGCUAUGUGCGGCUACAGCUCCAGGCAGUUGGCCCUCUACCACCGGCCCUCUGGCCGCGUGCUGCAGUGGGUUGGCACGCACACCGAUGCCAGCGCGGCGGCCCACAAGACCCCCCUUCUGGAUAUAACUCGCAGGGCCAACGCCUGUCAGGAGAUCCCACCCACCUCCUUCGUUGGCCAGAAGUUCCCUUGAAAUGAAAAGUGAUUGGAGGGCUGGAUCAAGGUCGGCCGGCGUCACUGGUUGAGCUUCGGUUGCUGCAUUUUAGCGCAACAAAGAUUGUAGCUAUGCUGGCCCGUUGCACAAACGUGGCCCAUGUGCUCUCUGAAGAUGUGCUAGUGUGGAUUUCUGACUGAACCUGUGUGUCGGCCGGAAGGUGGGAGCGAUAGCUUAUGUUGUGUUACUGAAAAUAGUACGACACAUGUAAAAAUAGCCUUACUUCCGCUCGAUUUCAUGAAUUACUCCGUAAUAUUAGAGCCUUUAAUGCACUGAGUGGACACUAAUUAGUGUGAAUGAUUGGAUGAGCAUGUGAUGUGCUGGAACUUCCCAAAGACUGGAGACAGGAUGAGCUUAAAUGUUUAAUUCGGAGACAUUGUGUGUCUCCUUGAGGCCCGCCGUAAUAAGGGACUGACACUUGGCAGCACCCCUCAGUACACAGAUGGUUGGCAACCCCUCUCGCUGUGCCCCCCCACCCCUCCACCCGUCCCCACAGUCAGACAGCCAGCCAUGUGUAAGAGCUUCAGCGGCCCAUCCCUGUCCAUGACUUCAAUUGAUUUCCUCUGAUGAGAAGCGACCGCCAUCCAUCAGGUGACCCUGGCGUCGGCUGGCACCGGCUGUCAAUCAGGAGACACUGGUAGAAGACACAGGUUGUAGCUGAAUUAGUCACCAGUACUUUUUUUUUUGAAAAGUUAGAUUAUUUGGUCGGAGUGUUGAGAGAGACAGCGGCAGCCUGUUUGGUGGAUACAAAACAUCUUAAGGCAUCAUUACCUGAGUCAUGUAAACAAACAAAAAUACACCUGCACAAAUACACCGUGCCGGAUUAUGAACCCUAAUUUUACCUCGCUGGGACGCUGCUGCUGGCAAACAGGCCGGGUAAGGAUGGUGAUUCCUCCUGGAUAAGCCUGUGUGUUCUCAGUAGGUAUAAUUAACCCAGGUGGAAAAUCAUCCCUGGCACACACACACACACACACACUCAUGGACCUAAUCUGGUAUUAGAGAGACAAGGACCCAUGAGAGGCAGUUCCUGUGCAUCCAAACUUUGUACCUUUCCCCCUGCGGUGUCCACCAUUCGUCCCCCUGUGCCACGUGGAUUUGUACGGAGACUCCACGUGUGUUUGGCAGUUGAAAGGGAUUUGAAAUGUGGCGAGACACCGAGCGUGGUUGAGAAUGCGUGCAGUGCCUUGCGGAGUGCACACUGUCUUCAAAUGGACUGUCCCAUAUGCUGAGUAAGGACAGUGUAGAAAUCAAUUGAACCUGAUAUGAUGGGUCUUUAUUUCUCUAUAAACAAUAAGAGGUUUUACUAGUAAUCUGUAAAGUUGUGAAAAAUGAGGAUGGUGAGAGAGUUGAGUGUUUCAUCACUUAGAGGUCGGCCAGAACUUGUAAUCCAAUUUUUUUUCUUCAUCGCUCAAGAGCCGCUCUUGUCUGUCGGCCAAAUUGGACCAGUGGCCAUUUGUGGCUUUUUAGAGCCCUGGUAGCAGCAAUCCAGGACCAACAAAAUGAUAAUAGUCCACUCAGCAGAGGGAACUAAUGGCUCAUACUGGCAUCAGCUACUGAACACUGUGUCCCCUCACGCUGGACAGAGACCCAGAAACAACUUCAUAAUGGCAACGUGAGGGUCUGUAAACAUCAGGAUUGUGUGUUCAUACACCUGAUGGAAAAGGAAAGGUUACAUCAGGGUUUUGAACAGUUUGCGGAUUCAACAUGAGCUUCACCUGAUGUGAAGUCCGGGUAUUUCACAUGCUGGUAAUCAUGUCCAUGCAUUGCUCUCCCACGAGUGUGAAAUCACUGUGUGUGUAUGGGCUGGAGGCGGUGUGUUGCACCUGGCUGGUUUUGAUGGAUUCUCUCUAUACUGCAGUGUUGCACAGUGAGCACAGAGCCCCUGUGAAAACCUAUUGAUCUCAGUCAGAGAGUGAGGUGGGGUCUGCUCGCUGCAGCAAACUUCCUGUUUCACUCAGCGCCGUGCAGAGAAGCGGAGACGCUGCACUGACAGAACGAAUACCUGCAAACGCCUCAGCCGUCAGAAAUAAAGACUUUAGACUUUAUUGUCCCCCGGGGGAAAUUUGUUUAAAUACAGGGGAUUCGUUUGGAGGCCCAGUCUUCGUCUUUGUUUGCUGAGCUUCACACAUCAGUGCUCAUCCAUUACAUCCAAUGAAGCUGCGUCCAUUAGAGGAGAGAUUUGUUCUGUUAGCAACAUGAUUGAUAUUUAACGACCACAUGUUGGAAGAGAUUUGUGAAAUAAAAGCAUGUGGCACUUCA